GCAGCCUUCGAAGGACAACUGAUAACCCUUAAUUUUGAGUCACUGCAUCCAAAUGCACCACCUUUCCAGGAGAUGUGGGAAUGCAUCCACCCGAAAAUCUUGGAUCAAUUUCAAGACGUUCACAGAUUUUUGAAAAACGAUCUGGUCAGGGCAUUGUGCAUUAUCCGUACCAAAGACCGACCAGAGGAGUCAAGCGACCACAUGACAGUGAAAACGAGAAGCAAUCGCGCAAACUCAAUCCGUUGCACGGUAUCGUGGAGUGGAUCAAUCAGGGAAUGGAACUACCACAGCCCGAUGUUCCAAUCAUCGUUGUAUUGGCAGCGUCAUUUGACGUUGGUGAUUGCAAUAUUGUGUGGAGAGACAUCGUAGUACCAGUGGGGUCGGAUCUUCUGAACGCUUUCGUUCUAUUGCUGCAAACAUUUGUUGUAUGCAACGUAAAAUGUCGCCCAUCUGAUAAGCUUUUCUAUUCGUUCUUCUACGCAUACUGCUUCAAAAUCGGUUCUCUGAGUACAACUGGCAAUAAGUUUCUCAGUCAAUUAAAUUGAUAAUCGUUUUUACAUUAAA